AGCACAGCUCCACACACACACACACACACACACACACAUAUAUACACACAACUGUUGUGUUUGUCGGUACCGAGGCGUGAAGAAGUGUGAAGCAGCUCUGUAAAUAUGUAACCGUACAUGUCCGGUAACAUUCGUGUUUCCCCCGGGAGAGGAAAGAUGGACUCUGCUGUGAAAAACACCCAGAAGAAGAAGUUGUGGCUCGGCGGUCUGCUCUGGUGGUCGCUCCUGCUCGAGCUGGCGUCGGGAGCUUCCUUCUAUGGCGAUGGCUUUGUACAGCUCAAGGCAACAGAGUCGUCCGACCAUAACACGCUCCGCAUUCGCUUCCGAACCUCCAGCACCAACGGCCUGCUGUUUCUCGCCGCCGGCAAGACGGACCACUUCCUACUAGAGCUCCAUGCUGGUCGCCUGCAGCUGAAACUGGACCUUGGAUUGGGGGAGCUUGUGCUAGAGUCAGAGAGAGGCACCCAGCUCAAUGACUUGGCCUGGCACUCGGUGGAGGUCCGCCAUGUGCAGCACAACAUCACUCUGACUGUAGACAAGAACUCUCACACCAGUAUAAAGAUGCCAGACACCCAUCACAAGCUCCACAUUCUGGAUGGGCUCUAUGUUGGAGGCUCAGGAGGCCUGGACAGACUUUACCUCCCCAGAGACUUGAUCGGCUUCCGAGGCUGCAUGGAAGAGGUGGUCUUCAAUGAACAUGACAUGUUGUCAUCUCUGAGGCCAUAUACCGGAUUCAAGAAUGUCCAUGAGGUUUCUUUAGGCUGCAGUCCUCAAUUCUUUGCCACAGAGGAGGACCCAAUUAGCUUCUUUAGCUCCAGGGCUUAUGUUUCUCUUCCAACCUGGAACACCCAACAGGAAGCGAUAUUCGAGUGUGUUGUCCACACUUCAGCCAAAGAGGGAAUUAUCCUGUACAGUUCAGCUAGAGAGGGGGACUAUGUGGCUGUGGAGAUACAGGAAGGUUUGCCAGUGGCCAUUGUUGGAAAAGGUGGAAUGAAAUCUGAGCUUCGUGCCCUAACAUUCAUCAAUGACAGGAAAUGGCAUUCACUCAAGUUGCAAUUCAGUUCCAAAAAUCUUGAGCUAACUGUUGAUGGAGAGAUGGUGAAAAGCAGUAUUAGCACUCGGUCAAAGGGGCUUCAGCCAAAAGGUUAUCUUUUUGUUGGAGGUAUCGAUGACGGCACCAGAUCAGAAGUCAGAAAGGUGGGGCUUGUCUCUGUGUCAGGAAAGCGUGUCAGAGGGGGUUCCUUUAAAGGAUGUUUAAAGAACAUUGAAGUAAAUGGAGUGAAGACUGGUCUCUCCAAUGCUGUAGUCACCAAGGAUAUUUCAGUUGGUUGUGAGCCAGAGAAAGAACCAGAACCAUCAACCACUGCGAGUCCAACAAGUGCUCCGGCACCCCUUUUUCACUUGGUGACACCAACACCAUCACUUCACAUGUCCACACUUGCAAGGGGCUUGGACAGAAAGUAUGGCUUGAAAUUUGUGCAUCUAAGAAACCUUCUGGUCCAGGAAGGUGGUCGAGCAUCUCUCGAGGCCAAACACAUCAAGGUACUCUUGGACUUCAAGAAACUUGGCAUUCGACAGUCUCAGAUCGUGUUUCGAAUUCAGGAGCAACCAAUUCGUGGUCAGAUAAGACUUGAUGUGGAUCAGGACCAAGAGGAGAACACCUUCAGCAUGUUGGACCUUUGGCACGGACGAGUGAUGUAUAUCCAUGGAGGCUCCGAGGAACCAGAUGACUUCUUCAUGUUUUCAAUUUAUUCUAGCAGUAGAAAACAAGUUCCUGAUUAUCUGAAGGACAACAAAUUGUACCGCUACAAUAUUACUGUGACACCCACCAACGAUGCACCUGAAUUGAGUCUCCCUGAAGGAAACCUCUUUGUCCUGUUGGAGAACUCAAAGAAACGCCUAACCACUGAUAUUCUGAAGGCGACAGACAUUGACAGCAACUACACUGACCUUGUCUUCUCUGUGCUUGGGAACUUAAAUGCUGAUGCAGGAUAUUUGGAAGUUGAGAAGAACCCUGGUAAGGCAGUCACCUCAUUCUCAUAUUCAGACUUGGAAGAACUGAGGGUGUAUUAUGUUCACACAGGGGUUCGAAACUCAAGGAUAGUUCUUAGAGUUAGCGACGGGGAAAAGGUCAGCAACACUGUAGUUCUAAGGGUCAUGGCUGUAGCGCUGGAGUAUAAGAUUGCCAACAACACAGGGCUUGAGAUUAUUCAGGGAGAGACAGCUGUACUUGGUUCGAAGCAGCUGGCUGUGCAAACCAAUGCUGUAAAACAAGUUGUAGACAUCCGGUAUGAUAUCAUUGAACCCCCUCAGUAUGGAGAACUCCAGAGACUUCAUUCAAGUGGUGAAUGGAGGCCUACUGACUCAUUUUCCCAAAGGCUUCUAGAAAAAGAGCGCCUGAGAUAUGUAAGCACUUUUCAAGACAUCCAAACGUCCAACGCAACCGAUUACUUUAAAAGCAAAGUUACUGUGGCUGCAAGGGCAACUACUGAAAUACUUUUCCCUGUCACUGUGAAGUGGGUGAAGUACCGCCUGGUGAGGAAUGUUAUGAUAGACAUGGAUAAAGUUAGAAAAGUGACACUGGACUCUGAGUCUCUUUUUGCCACAGCUGAAGGUGUGGCCCUCGCAGAGGAUGACCUCUAUUUUCGGGUUCUCACUACACCAAAAAAAGGGAAACUGCUUCUCGAUGCCACAGUCUUGACGAAGAACUCAACCUUUAGCCAAAGAGAUGUAACAGAUCUAAAAGUACAUUACGAGCUCGUUGACAGGCCUCACGAAGAUACAAGUGACAGGUUCAAAUUCCAGCUCGUUUCCAAACAUGCUCAGUCACAAUACUACGACUUCCGCUUUUCUAUCAAAGCUGACGUCAACAGCGUGUUUAUGAGAAAUGAUGGACUCUCACUUCAGGAAGGAGAAAGUAAACUUAUCACAAAGGAUGAGCUGUUUGCAGAGACUUUGAGUACAAAGGAUAUGUACUACACAGUGAUAAGCAGCCCCAAACAUGGGAAGCUAGCCCGUAUUAGCCAGUCAAAUUCCAAUGCUAGCUACGACAACAUCUUAACCUUUAGUAACCAGGAUAUAUUAGAGGAACGGAUAAUGUACAUCCAUGAUGACAGUGAAACAACUCAAGAUGAGUUCACCUUUAUAGCCUCCAUUAGCCAAGGGUUCAAGUCCUCCAUCGCAGACGAUGAAAUUGGCUCCAAAGAAGGAGUGUUCAACAUUUCUAUUCAGCUAUUAAAUGACCAAAAGCCGGUGCGUGUUAUUGAUAAAGUUUUUAAUGUAGUAAGGGAUGGACAGAAGUUGCUCACUAUAGAGGAUUUGCGUUACCAUGAUGCAGACUCUGACUUUGAUGACUGCCAGUUGAUUUACACUCGACGUGGAAUCCCGAUGGGAGACCUAGUGCUGGUUAAUGACACUACUCAUCGUCUGUUCCAGUUUCGACAAAAGGAUUUGGAAGAUAAGCGAGUGUUGUUCAUUCACAAAGGUGUGAGCUAUGGCAGGUUUGUGCUUUUCGUCUCCGAUGGAAAACAUUUCGUAUCAAGCCUUCUAGACAUCAGCGCACACGACCCUUUCUUGAAGGUUGGCAACAACAAUGGCCUGCUGGUUCAGAAGGGCCAGUCAGUAACCUUUUCCACCAGUAAUUUUAGUGUCACAUCAAAUUUGGACAUCAGAGAUGACCAGGAGGUUAUCUUCAAGUUGGAUGAGGCUCCCAAGUAUGGAGGACUCUAUCGCAGUGACACAAAGGUGGAGUCAUUCUCACAGUCUGACCUAAAGGAUGGACUGAUCUCCUAUCAGCACAAUGACAGCAAACAUCUUGCAGACUAUUUCAACUUAACAGUGAAAGCUAAAGGUCUUCAACUAGCAGCGAGGAUCAAUGUGAAAGUUUACCUGGAGAGUCAUCAGAGGCCUCCCAUCGUGCUGCAUCACAAAGUCUUACUGGUGGAAGAGGGAAAACCAGUGAAGAUCAGCGAAACUAAACUGGAGGUCACUCACGAGGACAAUCUGCCAUCCGAGAUUGUAUUCACAGUCAAAGCAGCCCCGUCUCAUGGCUUUCUCCGGUGCUUUGUCGAAGCAGAGGAGCGCUACAUCGGAACCAAACAGUCCCCUGUCAAGACGUUUACCCAAGAGGACAUUAACGGUGGGAACAUCCAGUACAUGCAGGUGGAGGCCAACAAAGUGAACGACACCUUCGUCCUCGAUGCCACCAACGGCGUGACUGACAUCAACGGCAUUAGGAUGUCUGUUGACAUCAUCCCACGCCUCAUCCCUGUACAGGUCUCCAAUUUCACACUGAACGAAGGCGCCUCCAAGGCGUUGACCCAGGAUGUGCUCAAAGUCACCAACAGACACUUUUCUGGAAUCAACUUCCUGUAUAGUUUGACUGAGCCCCCGCAGCAUGGUCACGUUGAGCACUCUCGACAUCCCGGUGUGGCCAUAACCUCUUUCACCAGGAGGCAGGUGGAACACGAAUUCAUUUACUACGUCCACGACAGCAGCGAAACCUUCGCUGACAGCUUCACUGUGGUGGCCAAUGACACGGGCCUGAGGAAGCAGAGCGCACCCCAGACGGUGUACAUCCAGGUUUCAGCUGUCAACGAUGAGCCUCCUGUUAUUACAGCCAACAGGGUCCUCAGGGUUUGGGUGUCCUCAGUGACAGAGAUCAGGCCAGGGGAUCUGAGGGCACAGGACAUGGACACGCCCCCAGCCGAGCUGCACUUUAUGGUAACCCCACCUAGCAACGGACACUUGGCCCUGAAGAGCGCCCCCAUGAAGGCGGUGCUCAACUUCACCCAGGACCACAUCGACCAGGGACAGCUGCUGUUUGUCCACAAAGGUGCCAUGUCUGGAGGAUUCAACUUCCAAGUGAAUGAUGGUGUGAACUUCACUCCCAGGCAGAUCUUCAGCAUCACCGCCAGAGCCUUAGUUCUCAGCUUGGAGAGAAACCGUCCACUCAAGGUGUUUCCAGGCUCCUCUACACCAGUCACAAAUGAAAUUUUACAAGCAGUGACCAAUGACAUCAGCAACGCCACAAACCGCAUUAUUACAUUCAGUCUGAUUCGGCAUCCUAAACUGGGACGUCUGGUGAUGACACGGCCCGAUAAUUCAACAGUGGACAUCUCCACUUUCACACAGGAGAUGGUGGACAGAAAAGAGGUUGUUUACAUCCAGACCCCCGUCGAGUCAGUGGGCUGGGAGGCCAUGGACUCCAUGACCUUCUCUGUGGCAUCACCGCCUACUUCUCUGGACAGCCAGACCUUCAAAAUUGACAUUUCUUAUGAGAACACUGGACCUGAACACAACACAGUCCUGCUUGCAAACACAGGUGCUGAGGUAACAGAAGGGGAGAGUGUUGUCAUUGAUGAAUCCAAGCUGGACGCCUCUAACCUAAUGUCCAAGCUGCCGACGCCUCGGCGGAGCUCCAAUGAGGUUUGGUUCCAGGUGACAUCACUGCCUCAACAUGGUGUCAUAGUGGUAGGUGAGAGAAACCUCACCAAGGACAAACCUAACUUCUCCCAGUUCAUCGUUAACAAAUACGGCAUCACCUACAAGCACGACAACUCAGAGACAACUCAUGACUCUUUUGUAUUCAGCGCAUGGAUAAAUCCCAAGGGCAAAACGGCGCAGCGCCCUCAGGAUGACAUGGAUGUUGUUGAGGAGCGUUUUAACAUCACAGUCACACCUGUAAAUGAUCAGCCACCUUUGUUAAAAACCAAAGCUCCGAGUCUGAGGGUGGUACAAGGAGAUACAGUAGCUCUCAGGCCUGAGAAUCUCAAAGUGGAAGACUUAGACAAUCCUCCUGAUGAUAUUAAGUUCUCUGUAAUUAGCAAGCCAAACAAUGGUUACCUAGCUCUUGAGGGAAGUUUGAAUGAGUCGAUAGUGGCCUUCACCCAAGCCCAGAUCAACAACAGAAGUGUCUAUUUCAUCCAUGACGGAAGCUCUGUCUCUGGGGUGUUCUACUUCAGUGUUACGGAUGGUCAUCAUAAACCAAUAUAUAAACUCUUUAACCUAGAAGUGACAGAAAUCACCAUUUCUCUGGUCAACUACACUGGAUUGACACUGGAGCAAGGCAAGACUUCUGUAACACUGACCCAAGACAACCUUUCUGCUGAGACCAACGGGAAAAACAUCACCAUCCAUUACCAGAUUACAAGGCCUCCGAACUUUGGCAAACUUCUAAAAGACAACCAAGAGGUUACACAGUUCGGACAGGAGGAUCUACAGGCUGGAAGGUUGUCCUACCACAUGAUCUCCCAUUCCUCUUCAGAGGACAGCUUUGAGUUCAAUGCCUUCACUUCAGAGGCAAAUGUGACCGGCCAAGUGUUUAACAUAACUGUCAGACCAUUGAUCCAGGUGGGGAAAGGUUUGAGCAUUCCCAAUGGGAUCACUGUCAAACUCAAUGCCAGCUUUCUUGAUGCCUCUGAACUGGCUAAUAUCAGUGACAGUAACCCUAUAUUUGAAGUUAUCUCUCAUCCCAGGCAUGGGAAGGUGGUUUGGACAAAACCUAAAAUAUUCAGGAAAGCUGACCAAGCUGAGUCCUUCACCUUUCAGGAGGUGAUGCAGGGGAAGGUAGCCUUGGAGCUGAAUGCUAACAUGACUGGAGUUCAAGAGCUUAAUGACUCACUGGUGUUUGUGCUGAAAGCUGAUAACAUCCCACCUGCUAAAGGGGAGUUCCACUUUACAAUUGUGCCAUAUGAUCCAGCGCUUUUCCCAACCACAAAAAGUCCUGUUCCAACCACGUCAUCUAUUCAUCAGACGCCUAUCCGCACCUCAAGAAAUGGAACUGCCUCACCAGUCCUGUCUACAGCUUUCCUCUCCACCCAGCAGCCAAGCAAAAACCAGCAAAAAUUCAAGGGACGCAACCGCUGGGGAAACUCCAACAGAACUAGCAUUUUCAGCACAACUCUUGGCAAACCUACACACGAUACAGAUGAUUUUCCCUUCAGGAACACACCAGUACGUGUAGAGUCCUACCCUCAAAAAACCUCCAGUCCGCUCCUGGUUAUCUUACCACUGCUGGCUCUGCUGCUGCUCGUAAUCAUCUUUGUAGUCCUGGUUGUCUUUCUGCGACACCACAGGCAAAGGAAGCAGAGCCCCGCUGCACCAAAGGAGCCACCUUCUACUAGUCUUCCAGGCAGUCAGUCCUACCAGGGUCAAACCCAGAGGAGCACAACAGUUCCCACAGUGACUGUCACUCCAUUAAACCCCAUGAACCCCAGCUGCCCAGGAAGCCCUGUUCUUGAUCGGUUAUUGACACCAAAUCAGGGCUCAGGUUAUAACACCAUCGAUUCAAACAUGCUCGUAAGUUCUUGGAGUAAUGGUUCCCCUGCGUCAUCUUCCCACAUUAUUAGAACCACCACGCCCACUCUGCAGAGGAAUCAGUACUGGGUAUGAUCUUCCACAAACUGACUUGUAGCUAUAUGUGUUGGAGAACACGGUUUCAGGUUUUGAUAACAGAUUAAAACGUGGUUGUGUAUUUAAAUGAGGUUGCAAUAAAUUAGCUUAAAGUUGCAUUAAUCAGUAUUCAGACUCAGAAUUAUCAUCUUUGCAGCGUAUGGAGCCUUUUAAUCUCUUUUAGCUCAUUGUUUUAGAUUUUUUCUGUCAAGAGUUGGUGGAACCUAAACCAGAGCUAAAAGGCAAUAGUUUGCUGGCAACAUUGGAAUAACAACUUUAAAGGGGCCAUAAUACUGUACAUCAAGGCUGUGUUAGCUUAUUUUUGAGUUCUUUUGCCCUCUAGUGGCCAUUAAUAGAUUGAUGUAGCUUUAAAAAUGGAUAAGGUAGAAAACCACUGUAGCCAAAAUCCUUUGCUGUACCUAAAUCAAUAUUUUUGUAUUAAUACUGAAUCAAAUUACAGUGCUGUGUAUAAGGUUUCACCGGUAUUGACAAACUCAGACUUAUCACCCAACUCACCCAACAGUUUUUAGCCUCUCUUAGCUCAUUGUUUUAGUUUUUACUGCACAUUACUUUAUAAAGUUAAGCACAUACCAAGCUAUAGACCAAGAUUUUUUUGUCAAGAGUUGGUGGAGGGUAAACCAGAGCGUCAAAUUAGGUCAUGCUUUGCUUGCAACAUUUGGAAUAACAACUUAAGAAAGGGCAUAAUAAUGUUUAUGAAAGCUUGGUCAGCUUAUUUUUGAGUUAUUAUGCCCCCACAUAUUUUUCUGUCAAGAGCUGGUGGAGGUUAACCAGAGCUAAAAGGUCACCAUAUAACCACAAACACAGCUCCACUGGGAUGAUAACAUUACUCUGUUUGCGCUGGAUGAAUACUUAAGCAGUUUCUUGCUUGCAACUUUUAGAACAACAACUUUAUAAGACGUUGUCAAGGUUGUGCAGGCCUGUUUUCGAGUUAUUCUGCCCCCUAGUGGCCAUAAAUUGAUUUAUGCAGCUUUAAAGUUGGAUAAAGCAGAAAACCUAUAUGGCCAAAGUCCUUUUGCCAUACGGACAGCUUUAGGUUUUCUUUGAGCCGCACAGUCCAUUGAAUCAUUAGUUUACAACCACUGCUGUAUAUUGAAUUGUUGGAACAGACUUUGUCCACUUGAGCAUUUACAAAGCGAUCAUCAUUGUGGUCAGUUACAACCUAUGUUUGGUGCCUAACGUAUGUUUAAUCAUUGUUAUCUGGUCCUCAUGCACGUUGAAGUCUCUUCCAGUAUGGGUUAUGAUCACCAGAGUGGAAGUGAUGCUUGUAACAGCUUGAAACUGUGAAUUACGAAGACUGACUCUGGCACAAAGAUGUAUAAUCCAAGCAUUUCAAUUGAUUGUGCAGAUUUUAUAUUGUUGUUAUGUAUUAUAUAUUAUAGUAUAUUAACGUUUUGUAACUCAGGUAUUUUGUUAAGUCAUUUACUUCAUGUUACCUUGAAUGAGGGUUGCAUGUCUCGUCCAUAAUUAAGACUUUUUUUAACAGCAUUACAGGACUGAAUAUUAUAGAACUGACAGUUGUCACAAUACUUCUGAGCAUGGCUGUAUAUUGGAAUGGGGCACUGACAAGGCUGGUUUUGUAUCACUAUUAUUUUUUAUUCAGUAGACCUGAUCAAAUCACAAUGGUUAAGAUAAUAGCACUGUUUUUCAAGUUUUUUUUAUUAUUAUUUUACUAUGCACAGUAUUUAUAUAUUUUCAAGAAGAAGCGUACGAAAAAUCAAGGCACUGAUCUUAUGGAUUACACAGAUCUACACUGUAUUCUACCUGCCUUCACCUCACUGAUUGAAAUUGAAAUAACAGGCUUAUUCUGUAAUCUACUGACAGGUUCCCCAACAGCUGAAUAAAGCGAUGGGUCCACCUACUUUUGAGGAGAUUGAGCAGCUAACUCAAAAAACACAGAGAAUUUCUUUGAAUAAAUGAGUGCUGGCAUUUAUAAUAAUUAUUUAACUCUGAUCUAUCUACUGUAGGUUGGCGGUUUGACACUGUAAUGAUGUAUCUACUGUAAAUGAACGGUACUGUUCUGACGAGCUGUGGGACACAAGAAAUUGCUGUCACAGAAAACCACUGUAAACUUGUAUGUUAUGAAUCAUUUUGUACUGAAGAGAAGUGUCUAUCCAGUGUAUUCCAGUCUCAUCUGAAUGAUGUAACCUACUAUGUAACAGAGGUGUGAUAUUUAUUUAUACCAUAUUUUUAAUAAACCAUUUUAAAAUGUU